AUGGCGGCUGUUGAUAUCGGCACUCCGGUCAAGCGAGAGCAAUCUGCUCUCGCCGACUCGCCCGCGUGCCCCACGCCCCUCUCCAAGUCACUCGACAACCACGGCACGCCGGGCUCCGCCUCUAAUGUCAAGAUGAACUCAACGCCGUCGCCCUCGACCUCGACGGCCAGCAACGGCCAGCCAAGCCAGUCCAGGCGCCCUCCGCGCAAGAGCACCCUUACACAGCAGCAGAAGAAUCAGAAGCGUCAGCGCGCCACUCAAGACCAACUUGGCACCCUGGAGAUGGAGUUUAACAAGAACCCCACGCCCACGGCUCAGGUCAGGGACCGCAUUGCUGAAGAGAUUGACAUGACCGAGAGGUCGGUGCAGAUCUGGUUCCAAAACAGGCGAGCCAAGAUCAAGCUCAUGGCGAAGAAGAGCUUGGAGACGGGCGAGGAUUUCGACUGCAUUCCCGAGUCCAUGCGCAACUACCUCGCCAUGCAGGCCAUGGAGGCCGGCAAGGGCCUCGGUGGACAAUACCUCGGUCGGACCGGCCUUCUGCCCUACAGCCCUAGCAUGCUGAUGGGUAACGAGCAGAACGGCAAAGUCUUGAUCCAUCAUCUCAGCAGCAGGUCUCUCAACAUUGGCAAGUGGACGAGGGUCUCGCAGAGCACCAUGGACCUCAUCAUCUUCUACUCACCGGACAAGUGCACCAUGACCUACUACAUCAACAAUGAUCAGGCCGGGUACAAGAUUGAGUAUCCUUUCGCUUACAUCAAGAACAUGUACCUCGAGAACCAGGAGGGCGACCCCAGCAAGCCCAGUGGCAUCGUCAUUGAGCUCAACAGGCCACCCCAUUUCUUCAUGGACCAGACGCCCGCCACGAGUGGUUUCUUCCAGUGCGGCGAUUUCACCGAAGAGCAGCAAGCCUCGAACUGUCUGGUUCACCACCUCGGCGGCAACCCUAAGGUCCUCAGCGGCCAGCUUGCCAAGCUGGUUUCACUCGAUGCCUUCAUGAACCGCAACAACCCGAACCCCUUCUUUGAGAACCACUCUCUCUCCUUCCAGGAGUCUUGGGGCAUCAACCACCUGCAGCCUGGCAUGCGUGGUCCUGGCCACAAGAGGCAACGUAGUAGGUCUGUGCCCAUGGCGGUUGACUUCUCCAUGCUCCAGACGCCGAUGCCGUCGUUCUACAUCCAGCAACCCGGCGAGGCGGCCCCCCAACCGCACAACCCGAAUAUUUUCGCUCCUGUCCCACAGCAGCCCAGCGGCCUUGGUCCCAACCUGAGGAUAGAUACGCAAGCUGGUUUUGGGAUGGACAUGAGACAGUAUCCCAUGUCGGCAACGACCGCGUCUCCGUCCGAGUUCGCGAGCCCUGGCUACUUUGCCGGACCGGAGCCGAGCCCGCUGCCAACGUCGAGCUACAACACGCCAUACGGUGGAGCGUUCCUCUCGCCGAUGGCGAACCCCUCCAACAUGGUCCCGCCGCCGCAUUCGCCUCUGUCCUUCAAUGGCCAUGGCGAGCCCUCCAUUGUCGAGCAGUCGCCACCCCUGUCUAUGCUGGGCAGGCCGGCGUCUGCUGAUAUUUACCGUCAUCACGGUGGCGGUGACGCUUCCUGUGCAGUGUCCGAGGACGGCGGCAGCCUUAAUGAGAUGUACUCGAAGCACACGAUCAACCUGCCAAUGCACCCCCAUUCGCCUUCGCACGUGGAUCAGGCCCAGGCUGAGCUCGACAUGAACCAGCUUGUGCAGUUUGACCACGUCGACCCCUCCUCGCUGUCGCCCGACUCGAUGCACCACAUCCAGCAGCAGUGA